AGCCCUCGUUUUCCCCCCAGUUCAGACGCACGCGGCUUCUGGCAAAUUUUUAACGUUGUGUACCAGUGACGCCAAGAGAUAAACUUUUAUUUUUAUUAUGCCCAACAACUCAUCUCUGAUUUUAUUUGUUGUGUCGUUAUUGAUGCUGAGUUGCCAUGGCACUACAGAUACAAAAGAUGGUGAUGAAACUACUGGAAGUUACACUGUGGAAAUGCUUAAUUUCUCCAGUAACUCCAACAAUAUGUCACAUUUUGCUUAUGGGUUGACUGCAAACAUUGCUGCUGUACUGUUGUAUGGCAGCAAUUUUGUUCCUGUCAAAAGAAUAGAGACUGGGGACGGUAUGUUUUUUCAAUGGGUAACCUGUGCAGCAAUAUGGGUUGUAUCUAUCCUUGGAAACUUGUUGCUUCAUUCACCCAAAUUCUACCCUUUUGCAAUGGUUGGAGGUGUGAUCUGGACUACAGGGAAUAUUGCAGUUGUUACCAUUGUUAAAUCCAUUGGCCUUGGUCUUGGAAUUUUACUUUGGGGAUCCUCUAGCAUGUUGAUGGGCUGGGCCAGUUCAAGAUUUGGCUGGUUUGGGAUUGAUGCUCAGGAUGUUUCCAGACCAGUAUUAAAUUAUUGUGGCGCCGGGUUGUGUUUACUUAGUGGCUUGAUCUUUUUCUUUGUGAAAACUGAAGUGGAGCUCCAUCCUGAGUUGGAAUCGAUUCCACUGCUAAUUGACAGAAGAACAAAUUCAGGAAGUUAUGCACCACAUUCAUCUGCGUUCUGGAUAGAUGCCAUUGGACCAAAAAAUAGGCGUUUCAUCAGUGGUUGUCUGCUUGCUGUUGUGGUAGGCCUUCUGUAUGGUUUGUGUUUUAUACCUGUCCUCUACAUAAAGAGCCAUUCAUCGUGCCAUGAUAGCAUUUUCUAUGGAGCCAGUGUCUAUGACGUGGAUUAUGUCUAUGCGCAGAACUCAGGCAUUUUUGUUACAAGUACGGUGUACUUUGCUGUCUACUGUGCUGCCAUGAAGAAUAAGCCCAGGGUUUACUCCAGAGCCAUCCUGCCAGGGCUUUUAUCUGGAUUGAUGUGGGCAUUGGGCACAUACUGUUGGUUCCUGGCCAGUAACUACUUGAGUUCUGUCAUUGCCUAUCCUAUUGUCACUGCAGGCUAUGGUCUGGUUGGGGCACUGUGGGGAUCUUUGGUGUUUAGAGAGAUUAAGGGUUUAAAAAACUGCUCAAUCUUUUUCUUGGCAUCAUGUGUCGUGUUGACUGGCUCCUUGCUGACUGCAUUUUCAAAGCUCUAAUGGGAUAGUGCAUUGUCAAAUGAAAACAUCUUGUUUGUAGAAACUGUCAUCACAAGAAGGGAAUGAGAGUGCUUUAUAUAUUUUAUGGGAGAGGAUAAUAAAUCUUUGAAUCCUGUCUAAAUCAAUGAUGUAGCAAAGUUGAAGAUUUGAGGGUUGUGGUGCUGGAAAUUUUUUUUACACUGAAUGUGUUCUGUAUUUAAUGUAUUGUGUAGUUUAAAAAAGACACUUGUUAUUAAAAUAUUAACACCCAAAGACAUUUUUCAUGCUGAAAUGAGAGUUCCCUUAAUCAUUUUGUGCAGUUUUAUUAAGUACUGUUACCUUUAAUUUGCAAACCAACAAUUGUCCUCUUACGCAUUAAUGUGGCUCUAUCUCCCAAAUAUACAGAAGCUGGAUGUGGCUAUGUUAAGAUUUUAUAUUUACAAG